GUCAAACACAGCCCCCACGACUGCUGUCGCGGGCGACAGUGCUGCAGGUGUAGACUCCGGUGUACAGUCUGGCUCCCAAGCAGGCGGGUGGUUUUCGUGGCUCUAUGGAUCAUCGACAGCUGAUAGAUCUGGCCCACAAGACCAAAUGGCGAAGCCAGAGGAGCCACCAUCGGAAACACCAGACAACAAAGAGGAAGAAAGGACGAUAGAAGACCAGAAUCCAACAGUAGCAGAAACAGAAGCAGACCAGGAGCAGUCCGCCGAAACAUCUGAGGUCUCUGGGACAGCCCAGAAGCGGUCUUGGCUUCAGAUGUGGUAUGGCUCGUCCGCCUCAAAGACCCCGGAAAAUACUCCCAUCGAACCCUCCAGUGGAACCGACACACCCACAUCUUCUGUCCCGCAUGCAGCACCUGCACCGAGCCAAGAGCAUGAGAUGCAAGGGGAGGUAGAUGGCCCAGUUAAACCACUAGAUCCCAACACAAAGGCUUCCGGGUGGAGCUUCUGGUUUAGAGAUGCUUCGAAGGAUUCCGAACCCGGCAAGUCGCAAGAUGCCCAGGUAGCCGAAGCCUCCAUGACUCAAGAGCCAUCGAAGAAGCCUGCCGUGGAACCUGAGCCUGAGAAUGAGCCUAGGGUGGGGGCGGUGAAGAAAGGAAGCGUCAAAGCUAAGGCUUCUAAGAGUACUGCUAAUCUACUUGACAAAGCUACCGCACGAGCCGAAGCAGAUGUCAACGCUCCAAGCCAAGGGCCGUCUGAGACUGUAGCAACAAAACAACUCCAGAAGGUCCUACCAAACCAAGUGCUUCCGCGGUUCGAGGACACAUUUGCCUUGGAAGAGAAGCCGGGCAUACUCCAGACGAUAGGGCGCUACUUGCAUUAUAACAAACAAGCCGACAACAAGCAUGUUUACAUGGUCCGGGAUCCGCCGCAUAUCAAGAAGGCACUCGCCAUAGGUGUACACGGGUAUUUUCCGGCUCCUCUAAUACGGAGUGUUCUCGGACAGCCAACCGGAACGUCGAUCAGAUUCUCAACAAUGGCAGCUGAAGCCAUACACAAGUGGGCAGAGGACUUUGGCUACAAAUGCGACGUAGGCAAAAUUGCCUUGGAAGGCGAGGGCCGUAUAGCCGAGCGCGUGGAACUGUUAUGGAAGCUGCUACUAAACUGGAUGGAGGAGAUCCGAACGGCGGACUUCAUUCUGAUUGCAUGUCACAGCCAGGGCGUUCCGGUGGCAAUCAUGCUCGUUGCCAAGUUGAUAUCCUUUGGCUGCAUCAAUGCAUCCCGUGUCGGUAUAUGCGCCAUGGCGGGCGUCAAUCUGGGCCCGUUCACCGACUACAGAUCUCGAUGGAUUAGUGGUUCAGCGGGCGAGCUCUUCGAAUUUGCCCUGCCCUACAGUCAGGUUUCGAGGGAUUAUGAAGCGGCAUUGCGCACAUGCUUAGAUUUUGGGGUGCGAAUAUCGUACAUUGGCAGCAUUGACGAUCAGUUGGUUUCCUUGGAGGUAUGCAACCUUCUAACGCUGUUUGAUACUCCAGUUAUUAACGAGUCUAAUUACGCUUUAGUCCUCACUAUUCACCCCUGUGACCCAUCCGUAUAUCUACCGCGCAGCCUUUGUCGACGGCAGGGUCCACGCUCCGAGCUUGUAUGCCACCACCCACUGAUCCUCAAUCACUUCAGCAUACACUGACCACUCUCAGUCUUUCACACCUAGUCGGCUUCGUCCUGAAGC